AUGCUGAAUGAAUACCGCAUUCUGGAGAAAAUGGCGACGGGGAGCUUUGGGGUCGUUUUCAAGGUUCGCCGCGCGGCGGACAACGAGGUUCUUGUCAUGAAGCGUAUCUCCCUCACUGAGAUGGACAUGGAGCAGCGCAGGGAGGCAGCGCAGGAGAUACGAGUGAUGAGCUGCCUGCACCACCCCUUCAUCGUCGCACAGCGAGAUGCGUUUCUCUUCAAAGACAGUCUUUGCAUCGUGAUGGAUCACUACGACGGCGGCGACCUUGCGGCCCUCAUCACACGGCAGCGCGAGAAGGACGAGUACCUGCCGAUGGGACAAGUGAUGGUGUGGUUUGCUGGAAUAAGCCUGGCGAUGCACUACCUGCACGCCCAGGGCAUCGUCCACCGUGACCUCAAGACCCAGAAUCUCUUCCUGAAGUCGAACAGAAGGGAGGUGGCCGUGGGUGAUUUUGGCGUAGCGGAGUUUGUAGGUAAGGCGGAGUUUAGUAAAACGAAGAGUCCUUUUUCGUCACCACUGUUGCCCGCCUCGCAACACUUCCUUGCGAAGCGGCGCGACGGUGAACUUAUUGGGGACGUCAGCACAUGCGAUAGUGCCGAUGAUAUUAUGAACGGCCCUUUGAUUGGGGCGGUGCGGGGGACGUUGCUGUACAUGGCGCCGGAGGUGCUUGAGAGUGGCGUUUGUAGUCCCAGCUCGGAUGUCUGGUCGCUUGGGUGUAUAUUCUACGAACUGCUGAGUCUUCGUCACCCAUUUGAGUCGCGCGACCUUGCAACUCUGAUGAUGCGGGUGAUGGCAGGGGCACGGCAGCCACCGCCAGGGCACUACCCUCCCGAGGUUGUGCAGUUACUUGACCGAAUGCUCUCCCUGGACGCGGCGAAUCGGCCAAGUUGCGAAGAAAUCCUUCGCGCCCCCAUUAUGAAAGCCUACUUGCAGCAAAUUAUUCUUCAACGGGCGUCAUGUGAACCAACUGAGUUGGAGGCUGAGCGCACAUGGGAAGCACAAAUGCAAAGGCUUUGUAUUUGCGAAAAUGCCUCUUCCCCACGGUUACCUUAUCUCUCGGAAAAAUGCCCAACGAUGUCGCCAUCGCAGGAACGUGCGCUGGUGGAGCAAAUUACCGCCGCAACGCCGCGGACAGAAAUGCCGUUGUCGCCAGGCACUUCAACAUUUGGUGAAGACGCCAGCCCAAUGCGGCUGCACCCGGACCAUGCUCAUACUGCGCGGUCGCUUUCCAAGGACGGUAGUUUCACAGUGGAAAGGAGAAAGGAUGGCGAUGGUGAUGGUGACGGUCACCUUUUUCCCAUAUGGAGGUCAGGCGACGGCAACGUGGAUGACAUGCGUCAUAUGCCACUGGAACUUAUUGAAGAGGAGGUGGCGCGCUACCGACAACUAGUGCAGAGCGAGAUGCGGGAGCAAAAGCGACAGCGAGAUGCCGAGGUGCAUAAAAGACGGUUUGGUGGAGACAGCACACCCACAGCGCAUUAUUACUACAGCCUCGCACGGGUGAGCCAUGUGGCCACCACAGCCUCUACUAACCCUCACUCACAUAAGAAGGGAAAGAGCAACGGGCCUUCGCUUUCAUCGUCGCCGCUGCCCCUGCCUUCUCAUGGCUGGAAACAUGCGAACAGCUUCAAUGGCGCUGCGGCAAAGUGGCCACCAGGAAGUCUUGAGGCCUCAUUGGCGGCGCGGCGGCGGCAACGUAUUGAGAUGGCGAUAGGAACUUUAGGUGAUGACGUGUUUUCUUCCGUGUACAACUAUUACAGAAGCGUAGAGGUAGCGGAGCGGGAUGUGUCGUUAGUAAUGCAGAUGGUGCCAAAUCGCAACUGGUGGCACGUGUUGCCUUUAGUUGAGGAGGUUGUUGUCAUUGAGCGUCUGCUGGAACGUCUAGAGGCAACCGGUACUUGA